AUGAAGUCUACGUGUGCGUUCUAUGCUCUUGACAGGAACUCGGCUGGAGAAACAGCCAUGCACCUCGCAGCAACUCAACACUCUCUCCGCGGACUAUCGCUGCUCUUAGCUUGCGGGGCAAGGAUCAACGCAAUUGAUGGCAGGGGUAGAACACCACUUCACGCAGUGUGCGCGAGCGUCUGCGACAACGGUGACUCCGGUAGUGAUUCCACCAUUGGGUGCAUCGAGCUGCUCUUAUCCUCUGGAGCUUUGGAUGACGCUCGUGACGCCAUGGGUCAGACCGCGUUGCAUCUCUCCGCGCUUGCUGGUAAUCUGGGUGCAGCGCAAGCCUUACUUGCGGCGGGUGCCACGAUGAUGACCGAUGACGCUGGAAAUUCGCCGCUUCACGUGGCCGCUGCGCAAGGUCAUUCCGACAUUAUCCAGUUGUUCGUUCUUGGGGGUCAGGACGAAUCGGCUCGGAAGGUGCAGGCCUCAUCACAUGCAGAAGGCAGACCGAACGGCCGUACUCCUGCGGACAUUGGACGACUCCGCUCUGCACAUGAUGAUGGUUCAUGUCCAGAUAGGAACGGGUCAGGAAUUGAUCCGGUCGGUGACCGUGAAAAGGAAACAUCGCAGGCUGAUGGAGUGGCUUUCGGCGAUGGCGAUUUACGUUUACACCAUCGAAGCAUCACGCAUCAAGUACGAGAGUUCGGAGUCAAAAACAAAUAUCAGGAAGUAGCGCUGGAAAAGAGGGACGGGCGUUCUCGCAACAAGGACUCCGAUUCUACGUGUCAUGACCCAACGAGGGGAACCGCACGUUCUGUGGGACACGUGUACAAUUGGGGCGAACCUGCACCCCCUAAAUCAACCCUUUGCGACAUUGUCGAUGACCCUUGUCGACAACGUUUCCACCGUGAAAUGAUGGAGCCGGGUUGGCAGAGCCGGACCGAUACUCACAACCGAUUGUCCGUAAAUUCCACCCAAGAUUAUAGUAGGGCCAGUGAGGAUGACAGCAACGACCGCAGCAGGCUCGGCCGCCUUGGUCCGGAUUACGAACAUCGUCGGCGCUCAGAAGGGAAGGGGAUGAACCGGAAGCACAGCACGCGGUCACGACGCCGACGCGAAUGCGAUCGACGAGACCGAACUCUCCGCUGGCCGGAGGCCCUACCCGCGCGCGGAUACGACGAGGUGACGAUCUCAUUAGCCGCCCUGAUGUUGACUGCAGGCGGCGAUGAAGUUCAUGUUUCCGACACUACAGCUAUUUUUCGACCUAUUGGUAGCAAUGCGAUCUGCCACGCUGAGCAGCACUGA